GCCCGCCGGCGGUUGCCUCGGCGACGCUCCGAGGCGCGCUGCGUGAGGCCAUGCAUCAGGUGCCGGAUUUUUGUUCCGGGAGGAGGCGGUUGAACUUGCAGACAGCUUCCCAGCAGGAUGUAAGUGCAGCCCUGGUCGCGUCCACUCCGGCGGCCAGCGGAAGGUCGGCCCUGAGGCCCCCGCCCUGCCGCGGCGCCCCAGAAGGCUGGGUGGCGGGGCCGGGACGCCCUCGUUUCCCCUGCGGCGGCGCUGCCCUCCUCCUCUGGACGGUCGCCGAACAGCGCCCGGGCGAGCGCUACUAAAAGGGAAGCGGGCAUAUUCCGACACCACACCCCCGCCCACCCCCGGAACUCCGGAGGUGUAGCCCGCUGGCGAUAGCAGUUGAAUCUGGCUCUUUUCUCAGAUACUUAGGAAGUUAUGAAAGUUCUACCUCCCCACUCCUAAUAGGUUGUUUGCAAAAUAAAAAGUCCCCCUGCGGAAGAAGCAAGCUUUCCUGCUCUGGGUGCGAUCCCGGGAGAGGAUAGGCCGCAGUUGGGAUUACGAUUAGGGACCUGGUACUGGAAAGAUGAAAGCAGAACUCUUGAAUUCAGAAGAGCCCCUACUCUCAGCUGGGAGAGAGCCAGUAGCCUGUACAAGUGUUUACCAAGGUCACUGGCUCCCCUAAGGACAUACAACUGAGGAAAUGCUACACCUCCAGAAGCCCCGGACUUCUGUUGUCUUUCAUCGUGGCCUAAGAGAAGUCUCUAAGAACUACUGAAGAGCUGACUUGUAUAGAAGCCAAGAGUGGUCCAGCUCUCAGCAUUUUAGUGAUGGAUUCUAGGGGAAAAUUUUUUUUCUCAUUUAUUUCAAGGCAAAGUUUUACACCUGCAAUGGAACUCAGGGAAAAAGGAAAGAAAGGCAAAGCAGUCCACUUUGCUGAAAUUGAUGGUCCAGCUUCAGACAGGUCGACAGAUAAAAGGUUUGCUUCAAAAGAUGAUAAGACACCUAAAGCCUUAGAGAAACGAGGUCAGCAGGGCAACGUCACACUGCAUGAUGCUAAAUUCGUUGCUUUGCUUCUACUACAAGAUACUGAGAUGCAGCGGAUCUGUUCUUUUACAACAUUCAUGAGGAGUAAGAGUCUUGACAAUUUCCUCAUGGCAUUAUUGUACUAUUUAUCUCAUUACUUGGAAAAAAUCUCCCUGGAAAAGAAACCCAGAAGCUAUAUGGUAGGCUUUGUAGAGAAAAAAGAGAUAGAAUUGAUUCUAAGUAAGUUAGAAGCAGCACAGAAAUACCUGGCAGAGAAGUACUGUGUCCUUGUCCUGGGCUUGGCGAUGCCUGACAAGCAUCACAUGUGCUGUGGGAAGGAGAAAAUAUCAGAUACACAAAAAGACUGGAAAUUCUUUGAGUCCUUUUAUACGUUCUGCACAUAUGUAGCUUGGAUUGUCUUCCGACGUCAGCACUUCACAGAGAUUGAAGAAGAAAUAGGGAGGCUCUUUCGUACCAGUAUGUUCAACAUUCCUCGAAGGAAGCAUGAGAAUGAAGAAUCAGGAGGGGAAAAGAAAUACAUGACUUUUGUACAAUUCAGGAGAAUGAUGGCAAAGCGCCCAGCAAUUAAAAAAGCCAUUAAUAUGCGCUCUCCAGUCAUGUCUGCUCUGCUGCCAUCUCUCCAAGAAAAAGCUCAGAAUAUCUUGGAGAGAAAGUAUCAUCAAGUGGGCAUCGAACUCCCAGCCCAGAUGCAAAAGCAGAUGGGAAGUCUGGACUCUGUGCCCAUGCCAGUAGUUGGCAUCUUGGGGGAACCUCGAUGUCUGUUCAACCCCCAUACCCUUCUCCCUCUUGAACCAGAAGAAACCACAAAAGCAUCUGGGAGAAAGUCUUCCCUGACAGAAAGAAAUAACAUGAGGAAUCAGGAUACACUGGACUCAGUCAUAAGAACACUGUCCUCUCAAACAACAUUCCCUAAGUAAUCUGGUACAUCAGAUUUCUGUAAUUUAAGUCCCUGUAUCUGAAGUAAACUACUUUGAUUUCAUCAAUUUAUAUAGGGCAAAUAUUUGUUACUAUUAAAUUUUUUAAAUUGUUCAAAUUAUUUUGUUGAAAAUUCAACAAUAAACUAUGAAAGAAUUCCAUAAAUCUCUUGAAAAACUCAUUUUCCUAUAUUUAAUAGUUUGCUUUGUUAUUUAUUUACUUCUUUGGCUUCUAUGUAACUAUCUAGAGUAAUGU